AUGGCAGAUCUCCAUAGGAUAUUAACACCGUUAUCAUUAGAGAGGUAUAGCUCAUGGCCAGAAGUAAUUGACCCUUACACAUACGAGUUCGUUGGACCUGGUGAAAGCGAUUAUGAAAUAAUAAUCAAAACGAUGAAAGAAGACGGCACUGUUACUGAUUCUAUCAGAUUAAACACUACAGUACAUGCAGAUGAUUGGUUGAACAAAGUUGUCGCCCAGUUGAAUUCAGAAGAUGCUUCCAACGAUGGUUCUGCUACCUGGGAACUGAGUAAUGUGGAAGCGGUUGGAACAUCGACAACAAGCACGGACAAUGAUAACAAUUUCCCUAAAAUUGCCCUCUCAUCAUGCAGCCAAUUUUGCAACUAUUAUUUUCAUUGCAGGUAUGACUGUACUAAGUGCAAGUCAUAUUAUGGUUCACUAGCAGGUCACACACAUCGUAAACGUUGUGUUAGAUGA